AUGGCCGAGCUCGUCAUUGUCGAAUUUCACUUGUUGUACACACGCGCCACCGCCAUGGGAAAUACUGCGCUGAAAGCCGUCUGUGUCCGCGAUGACAGCCUCGACAUGUACACGGAUGUCGUCGACGACUCGUACCAUUCGCCUGGUACGGACACCAACGACGACGAGCCGGUCAUCGAGAAGACUUUCAACAGUGCGUUGGGAGAUCUACGAUGGGACGGUGACUUGGUAUCGCUGCAUCUCCAAACCAAGGACGACGUCCACGAGGAUCAAAGCGAACGAUCCGCGACGCGGCAGAGCCGACGGCGGUCGCCGAUCAAAGUACUCCGAGCGAUCGUUUCCCCGAGCACCUCCGUGACGACGACAAAGUCACCACAAGACGCGUAUGAAGAAGUGUGUGACCAAUUCAACGUGAUCUUUGACAAAAACGCCCCAUUCUCCAAGCCAGUACUACCAGAAAUGAAUACUACAAACAGCAACGACGUCGAGCUCCGUGUGGAACGAGUGGACGAGAUGUCGUGCCCUGAUGGCGUCACGGAGUCCUGCAGCUCAUUACCCGCGGCAAAUGCACAGCCCGAGCUCCCGAAGCGUAUGGAUGAACCGCAGGUCACGCCAUUGAUAAGCGUCAAAACACUUGCCGACUGGCCCGCUCACACGUGGAAGAUUGAAGACGCCAUCCGCGAAACAAACGAUGAAGACGACCUAUGCAGCACGGCGUGCUCGUCCGAGUACGCCACAGACUUGAGCGAUGACGACGAGGUAGACUCUGCGGACCACCUCGUGUCGACGUUUGCGUGCUCGUAUCGCCGGUCGUUGUCGUCCAUGAGUUCGACGCCCAUCUCGCAGGACGACAUUCCGUUCGUGUUCGCCGCGCGGUCCCACUUUAUCGUGUCCGACUACAUUUGUCCGUGCAACGACUGUCCAUGGUACAGUGUCAUUGACAAGCACGUGCAGCAAUCUGUCCAUGGAGUGUCGACGAAAGUGAAAGGCCAGGUCAUCCGCCUCCUCCAAGCAUACUCAACCUACAACGAAGUGAUGGGGUUUCGCCCUGGCAUGGUCCAAAUCGCCCGCGACUGCCUCUUCACGAGUUGCGGCCACGAAAACGACGCCUCUCGAGUCGUUUGUGAUGUGCGUCGAGAGCGAGUAUGCCAACGGGUGGAUCUAAACCAAAGUAACGUGAACAAGCGUGUUAUCUGUAAGUCGUAACAAGCGUCCGUGGACGUAACGAUCGAUGUGCCAUAAACUCCUGGAUCGUU